GCGACACGUGAGGCUGUGUGGUGCGUACACUCGCAAAGGAUAUGCCGUCUGAUCUGGCCAAGAAGAAGGCAGCAAAGAAGAAGGAGGCAGCUAAGGUGCGUCAGCGAGCCAAGAAGCAGGAUGAGGUGAAUGGAGAGAACGAUAAGCCAGACACCCUGGAGAAUUUGCCGGAACACAAUGGGGUGGCUAGUCUUUCCAAAGAGCUUGACGAGUUUGAACUGAAGAAGACCGAGGCACGGGCUGUGACAGGUGUCCUGGCCUCCCACCCCAACAGCACAGAUGUACACAUCAGCAGCCUGUCCUUAACCUUCCAUGGCCAAGAGCUGCUCAGCGACACCAGCCUGGAGCUCAACUCGGGGCGCCGCUAUGGUCUUAUCGGCCUCAACGGCACAGGCAAGUCCAUGCUACUCUCUGCCAUCAGUUGUCGUGAGGUACCUGUCCCAGAGCACAUUGACAUUUACCACCUGACGCGGGAGAUGGAGCCCAGUGGUAAGACGGCCCUGCAGUGCGUAAUGGAGGUGGACAGGGAGAGGAUCGAGCUAGAGAAGGAGGCAGAGCGCCUUGCUCACGAGGACUCUGAGUGUGAGAAACUGAUGGAACUGUACGAGCGGCUGGAGGAACUUGAUGCCGACAAGGCCGAGGUCCGUGCCUCCCGCAUCCUCUAUGGCCUUGGCUUCACACCUGCCAUGCAGCGCAAGAAGCUGAAGGACUUCAGUGGUGGUUGGCGGAUGCGCGUUUCCCUGGCUCGAGCUCUGUUCAUCAAGCCAUUCAUGCUGCUUCUUGAUGAGCCCACAAACCACCUUGACCUGGAUGCCUGUGUAUGGCUCGAGGAGGAGCUGAAAACGUUUAAGAGAAUUCUGGUCCUGAUCUCCCACUCGCAAGAUUUCCUUAAUGGCGUGUGCACCAACAUCAUCCAUCUACACCAGAAGAAGCUAAAGUACUACACAGGCAACUACGACCAGUAUGUGAAAACCAGGCAGGAGCUUGAAGAGAAUCAAAUGAAGAGAUACAAUUGGGAGCGAGACCAGAUUGUACAUAUGAAGAACUAUAUUGCACGGUUUGGCCAUGGCUCCGCUAAGCUGGCCCGACAGGCACAGAGUAAAGAGAAGACCCUUCAGAAGAUGGUUGCAUCAGGGUUGACUGAGCGAGUAGUGAAUGACAAGACGCUGUCAUUUUAUUUUCCUCCCUGUGGGAAGAUUCCUCCUCCUGUUAUUAUGGUCCAGAAUGUCAGCUUCAGAUACUCAGAUAAUACGCCAUAUAUAUACAAAAAACUGGAGUUUGGAAUUGACUUGGAUACACGAGUCGCCCUGGUGGGUCCUAAUGGAGCUGGAAAAUCAACCCUUCUGAAGCUCCUCAUGGCUUCUGCCCACAGAUGGCAUGAUCAGGAAGCACUCCCAUGUGAAAAUUGGCAGAUAUCACCAGGAAGUACUUUUUGUCUCUGUCAGUGCAGUAAGCUUGAAGCACUAAUUUUGAGGAUUGUGCAGCACCUAACAGAGCAGUUGAAUCUGGACAUGUCACCCUUGGACUACAUGAUGAAGUGCUACCCAGAGAUCAAGGAGAAGGAAGAGAUGCGGAAGAUCAUUGGCCGCUAUGGGCUUACUGGAAAACAGCAGGUGAGCCCCAUCAGGAACCUCUCAGAUGGUCAGAAGUGUCGGGUGUGCUUCGCCUGGCUCGCCUGGCAGUGCCCCCAUAUGCUCUUCCUCGACGAGCCCACCAAUCACCUGGACAUCGAGACCAUUGACGCACUUGCUGAGGCCAUCAAUGAAUUUGAGGGUGGCAUGAUGCUGGUCAGCCACGACUUCAGGCUCAUCCAGCAGGUGGCACAUGAAAUAUGGGUGUGUGAGAAGCAGACCAUCACCAAAUGGAAUGGAGACAUCUUGGCAUACAAGGAGCACUUAAAGUCCAAGUUUGACAAACAGACACAUGAUGUUUAAAGACCAUCAUAUCAGACUACCAUCUUUGCCCUCAAACACCAGCGGCACAUUGCUGUGCACAUUACCGUGGUCUUCUGAAUUGUUUUACUCCUGCUUGCAUGCUGAAAUGUGCACAAUCAUUGCUGUGACUGUCUUGAAGCUCAGGAAAAAUUUUGAUUGUCAGGUAAAUGUCAAAAGUUGAAAUUGGCUGUUUUGUCCAGUUUUAUUUCCUCUACAAAUCUGGCUUCUAUAUCUCAGGAAGAAUUAUUAUAUUACAUUGAACAGUAAUGCCAUGGUGUUUUCUCCUAACAAAGAAGGGCAUAGCUGAUUAAUGUCAAAUGACACUGAAAUUGUGCUUGUGUGUAAGAGUACAGAACGACAGAACUGCUGUAGGGUGUAUGUAUGUGUAUGCAGGUACGGUUGACCCUUGCCUGGCUACCUUGGUAAACUUGGUAAACAUCUUUAAUGGACUUGAUGGUAAUAAUUAUUUCAUUAUAAGCUGUUGCUCAUCCCUAAUAUACCUUCUUUGGAGACCUUUAGAUUUCAAGUUGACAUCCCGCUGCAGUACCUGCUACCCCAGGUGAUGCGUAGAUUGACACGUCUUCCUCUGGUCCGAGGAAGUUUUUGAUACAACAUACAAGAAACUUCAGAUCUUACUAUGCGGCCACAUAUGAUUUUUUUUUUUUUUGUCCCAAGAGGUCAGAGACUUCUUGCUGUAGGCCACAUCACCGACUGUGAGGACACAUUGAUGAAUGAAAGCGGAAUGCUCUCCAAACCUUUUUGUCCAAUAAAUGGUUUGAUUGUCACUGUCGCUUUUUUUCUAGUUAAGCCAUCAGUACUUUUGUCUGGGUCUUUAUAAAGUAGAAGGCUGGUUUCACACACAGCCAACCUUAAAAUCUUCACUGGGAAAGCUCUGAAAUGGACCUUAAUCGUCCCUCGUUAGGGAGGUUCAAAACCAAAAGGAAAGUUUGGUCCAGAAUACUUAAAGUACUCUCUCUGGUACUACACUGGGGGUGCCAGUCUUGACGGUGACCCCUCAAAAAGGCCGAGAAGAUGCUCCCUCCUCCAUAGCGGUACCUGAUCAUUCGGGCUUAUUAGUUAUUGACUUGUCUCGGGUGGGGUGUCCCCCUAGGUUCAGUUCGUCAGGGCCGGGGGAAGAGUCCCAUCUGACAGCUGUGGAGGAUGGAGAUUUUUGUUUAGAAAAGCUGUUUGAAUAAUUGAUUUUAAUUUGUAGAUUUUAUAGUAUUUUAGAAUUUAAAAAUGUCUUAUCUUUACAGGUGUGUUGUAUGAACGCUUAAUAUUUUUAUAGUUUUUAUUGACGGCGCAAGAUCACAAUGUGAGUGUUUUGACAUGGCUGCCUGAGUACUUUACGUGUUGGUGUGGUACACGUGUUUUAAACCUUGUAUUUAAAUCACUUCUUGGUGAAGGGUUUCAAAAUCCUAUGUUCCUUUUGUCAAAAUGGAUAUCUAUAAUUGUUGUUAAAUUCCGAUGCUUAUUACUCUUUCUAUUAGUGAAAUAAGAUGUUUGGGGAAGUGAGUAAUGCUCUGUCAUGGUUAUGUUGAGAGAUGUUUUUCUAAUGAAAUGUAAGGAUGUUUUGUGUUUGUGAGUUGUG